AUGCUACCACCAGCCAUCCAAGAUUUUCUGGACCUAUCAUCAGAUCCAGACCUUGAUGGUUAUCAGGCUGAUACCAGCAUCAAUACAAAUGAUUCCAACAACUCCACCCAUUCUAGCACACCCGUCAUGACCUUGUCCGACAAUUUCUUGCUGGAUCCCAACAAUUGGACUUCUGAUCCUCUCAGGGCACGUCUGAUGAGGCUGAGGGAUUUAUUACAACAAGAAUCUACUCCUACCAAACCUAUGCCCAUCCUCCCCAUUGAUGACCCGAGCUGUGUGACCAAACUGGAAAGCGAACCCAAGAUAGCUGCACCUAUGCCCAUCCUCCCCAUCAAUGACCUGAGCAGCAUGACUGAGCCAGAGAGUGAACCCAACAACCCGCCCCAGCCUACCAUACCAACUCCUACCCUCCCCAUCAAUGAUCCAAGUAGUGUUACUGAACCAGAGAGCGAACCCAAAAACCCACCCCAACCUGAGUUCACCAUGCCAAUCAAGAUCAAGGGUGCAACUCCAGUUCCGAAAAAGAAGGGCUUCUUCAACACUCCAAGUCCCCCAGGGCCUGAUUCACUCUAUUGGAAGUAUGUCUCGCGCGAAGAAGAUGAAAAAUGGGAUAUUAUCCUCAAUGCUGCCCAUCCUGAUGAUAUCCAGCCCUGGACGCUCUACAAGGUAAAACAACACUCCAUCAAUGCUGGGAAACUGAUGUGGAAUCAUGGCGACCACUGA